GAAAAUUGUUAUAACAAAAAAAAAUGUUUUGGGCUCUCGACUCUUCGUAUUGGGCCCUAGGGCAGGAGAACACCUAAUGUCCUUCCCUCUCAGCCGUUGCGCUUGAUUAGAGAAAUAGCAGACUUUUGUUUCAGCUAGAUGGAGUUCUGUCCAACAUGUGGGAACUUGCUGCGUUACGGUCAAUCACAGUUCUUCUGCUCGACAUGUCCUUACAUCGCCCGCAUCGAAAGACAGGUUGAGAUAAAGAAGAAGCAAUUGCUGGUUAAGAAAUCCAUUGACCCGGUUGUGAAGAAAGAUGAUAUUCCAAAAGGACCUGAAACUGAAGCGCCAUGCCCAAGAUGCGGGGGCGGGCGGGAAAGACGGCAAACAAGAGACGGAGAAAAAGAUGGAUUCGGAGAAGGCGGUGGUGGACGAGCUGCCGCUAGCUAUCGUGCGCCGGGUGGUGAAAGAUAA